UUGCCGUGCACCAGCGUUUGAAUCAAAAAACAAUGAUAGAGAAAUUCAAAUUUAAUAAUGUUAUAAUUAUAGAAUAUUGCGUCGGGCGAAGUGAAUGCCCCUCUCCAAAUCAACCUUAAAUAUUUUUAGCGAGACGCUUUUUGUGCCGUUUAAAUUCGUAGUGGGUAACGUGCGAAAAUAUGGCCGGUUUUAGUUGUUUUGUAUUUAUCGUAUUCAUUAGCCGAUGCUACAGUUUAAGGAGUUCUUAUACCGCCGCAGUCGUCAAUUAUUUACACAUAUACGCCGAUUAUCCCAAAGAAUUAUUUAAGGAAAAUGUGGAACAGUACGUUAAUUUGAUGCGAAACGCUUCCAGAGAGUACGCUGAUAUUAUAGUUUUCCCAGAAUAUGGAUUGGUCGACUUGUACACGAUAUACUCGGCGGUAGAUAAAAAUAUUACGGAAUUGGAAAAAUACAGUUCUUAUAUACCUGAACCGUCGGAAAAAGUCGUUCCUUGCGAAGAUUCAAAGUACCAAAAGUAUGAGCAGCAAUUGGUGGAGAUUUCUUGUGCGGCACGUAUUCACGCCAUUUACACUGUAAUUAAUCUUCCAGAAAAGGCGAUUAAUAAGGAUACUGGUGAAAUGGAGUUUUAUAACACGAAUGCCAUUUUGGAUAAAUCGGGAACUGUGAUAGCAAAAUUUCGUAAAAUAAACCUCUCGGAAGAACCUUUUUUUGAACCUGGCACAGAGAUAGUUACUUUUACGACAGAUUUUAAUGUAACGUUUGGCAUAUUCACGUGCUUUGAUUUACUUUUUCAGUAUCCGGCACUAGAUAUAUUGUCCGGUACGAAUGUCACCGACAUCAUCUUUCCAACAGCUUGGUAUUCCAAAACGCCAUUCAUACAGGGAUUGAGCAUUCAGCACGGAUAUGCCAAAUCGAAAGGUGUAAAUAUGUUAGUUUCUGCAUUACAAGAACCUGACAAUUCGGACGGAGGUAGCGCCAUUUACCUGAGCGAUGGCAGUAUCGCCGAAGCAUUUAUUACAAAUAAGCGCGAAAGCAGAGUAUUGAUUCAUGAUGUGCCUAUAGUUAAGACACGAGCGCCUAGUACAUGCGAGACAUUCAAUAAAACAAUUAAGAAAUCCUCACAGAAGGAGGAAUUUAGAGAUAUCGACAAUUUUCCAUUAAAGCGAGAUACUACAACUGGUUAUAUUUACGAAUCGCUUGGGAAACGUGGAAAGACAUUGACACGUGUUUGUACAGAUAACGAAGACUUCUGCUGCAUUUUCAAUAUAACCGUGGAUAAUUCUUCAGUUCCAAAACCAGACUAUGGACACAGAAUAACAAUUUACAAAGGGCUCACCUCUUAUGGAAGUAAAAUUCUCGGUGGCAUUAGAGUGUGUGCCCUAGUUGCUUGCCUGAACGAAACGGAAGAGUCCUGCGGAUUUAGAACUAAUACAUCACACAAAUCAGCCAAAUUUAAAAGUAUCGAAAUACAAGCGGUCGUCGACAUAACUAACGAUACCCACAAUCAACCUUCCACACUGAAAGCGGAUUUAACGCCCGUUUCAGAUUACGUUUAUUGUGAAACAAUGAUUAGCGAAUCGAAAAUGAAGAUCAAAAUGGCGAUAACAUCUCCUCAAGACUCUCUCGUCACAUUUGGCAUAUAUGGCAGAAUGUAUGGCCUGGAUGCACUUCAGGAGGAUAUAGCAGCUGCGACUGCGCUCCCGGUAGAGAAAGGAGUGUUAAAUGUAGGUAUUAUUAUAGCCAUAGUUUGUGUUAGUACUUUACUUUUAGUUGUGACCGCUGUAAUAUUAUGGAAGUUUUGUACAAAAUUUGAUUAAAAAUAUUUUUAUACUA